CGCCCCCUUAAAGGGGCCGAGUCCCGCCGGCCCCCUCCCCACGCCGCGGGGCGCUGCGGGGGGGGUCCCACCCGCCGGCGGGGCGGGCGUGCAAGGACGGGCGUGCAAGGACGGCCAUGCAGCAGGUCCUGGACAACCUGAUGGGGCUCCCGGGGACCCCGGGGGUGGCCGACCUCGACCUCAUCUUCCUCCGCGGCAUCAUGGAGAGCCCCAUCGUCCGCUCCCUGGCCAAGGCCCACGAGCGGCUGGAGGAGCGGAAGCUGGAGGCGGUGCGCGGGGACAACCUGGCGCUGGUGCAGGAGAUCCUGCGGGACAUCGGCCGCCUGGCGCGGGCGGACGCGCAGGGAGCGGCGGCGGAGCUGGCCCGGAUCCUGCGGGAGCCGCACUUCCAGUCGCUGCUGGAGACCCACGACUCGGUGGCCGCCAAGAGCUACGAGCCUCCCCCGAGCAGCCCCGGCCCCGAGCCCGCGCUGGGGGCGCAGCCCGUGCCCCCCGACGCCGUGCGCAUGGUGGGCAUCCGCAAGGCAGCCGGGGAGAACCUGGGGGUGACGUUCCGCGUGGAGCGGGGGGAGCUGGUGAUCGCCCGCAUCCUGCACGGGGGGAUGGUGGCGCAGCAGGGGCUGCUGCACGUGGGGGACGUGAUCCGCGAGGUGAACGGCCGCGAGGUGGGCAGCGACCCACGCGCGCUGCAGGACAGCCUGCGCCACGCCAGCGGCAGCGUCGUGCUCAAGAUCCUGCCCAGCUACCAGGAGCCGCACCCGCCCCGCCAGGUGUUUGUCAAGUGUCACUUCGACUACGACCCGGCCACCGACAGCCUGAUCCCCUGCAAGGAGGCCGGGCUCAGGUUCAUGGCCGGGGACCUGCUGCAGAUCGUCAACCAGGAUGACCCCAACUGGUGGCAGGCGUGCCACGUGGAGGGCGGCAGCGCGGGGCUGGUGCCCAGCCAGCUGCUGGAGGAGAAGCGCAAGGCUUUCGUCAGGCGGGACGGGGAGGUGGCCCCCGCGUCCGGGGCCCUGUGCGGCAGCCUCAGCGGGAAGAGGAAGAAGAGGAUGAUGUACCUGACGACGAAGAACGCCGAGUUCGACCGGCACGAGCUGCUGAUCUACGAGGAGGUGGCGCGGAUGCCGCCGUUCCGCCGGAAAACGCUGGUGCUGAUCGGGGCUCAGGGCGUGGGGCGCCGCAGCCUCAAGAACAAACUGAUCAUGUCCGACCAGGCGCGCUACGGCACCACCAUCCCCUACACGUCGCGGAAGCCGAAGGAGAGCGAGCGGGACGGGCAGAGCUACCGCUUCGUGUCGCGGGGCGAGAUGGAGGCGGACAUCAGGGCGGGCCGGUACCUGGAGCACGGCGAGUACGAGGGGAACCUCUACGGCACCAGGAUCGACUCCAUCCGCGCCGUGGUGGCCGCGGGCAAGAUGUGCAUCCUGGACGUGAACCCGCAGGCCGUGAAGGUGCUGCGGACCGCCGAGUUCGUGCCCUUCGUGGUGUUCAUCGAGGCCCCCGCGCCCGAGCGGCUGCGGGCCAUGAACCGCGCGGCCCUGGAGAGCGGCGUGGCCACCAAGCAGCUCACGGAGGCGGACGCCCAGCGCACGGUGGAGGAGAGCAGCCGCAUCCAGCGCGGCUACGGCCACUACUUCGACCUGAGCCUGACCAACGACGACCUGGAGCGCACCUUUGGGCGGCUGCGGGAGGCCAUGGAGCACCUCCGGGUGCAGCCCCAGUGGGUCCCGGUCACCUGGGUCUAUUAGGGACCCCCGAACCCCCCCUCUACCCCCCGACCCACCCAGGGGGGCUGAGAGGGGGCGAGGGGGGCUGUCUCACCCAGGCCAAGCCCGACCCCUCUGCCCCUCCCCGCCCCAAAUCUGGGGAGGGGUCCCGUGGGGGGCAGCGUCCCCCCAGAGCUCAGUCACUGCCAGAACUUGGGGAACCCCCUCGGAUUGGGGAUGGGGGUGCGGGGUUUGGGGGGGGGUCCCCUCGCUGUCCCCCAGGCCACAACCCCCCCUCGGGGGACCCCCUUCUCCCCUUAGCAGGGUGGGGGUCCCUCGCUGUCCCUUGUGUCCCCUGUCGCCCCUCCCCAGGUAGCAAUAACCCCCUCCCCGCGCCCUGUAAUUAACCCUAAUUAACCCUUAACCGCCCCUGUAAUUAACCCUGUCAUUAACCCACGGGGGUCAGUGCCCGGGGACGCGCUGGGGGGGUCUGGGGUGGUGACACGGCUGUCCCCAAGGGACGGGCACACGGGGGGUGCGGGCUGCGCCCCCGUGCCCCCCCCGCCCCCCAUCCCCGCCCCCUUUGCCCCUUUUUGGUACUUUGCUGUCAAUUUUAUUAAAGGAGAGAAAAAGGCG